AUGAUGAAUCUUAUAUCGUUUGAGACGCCUCCUCCUCUUGGUAGGCAAGAGAGCACCGCUGCUACUGCAGCCACCGGCAUGAAGGUGGCAAAGGAAGCGAGCUCUAGUGACGCAUGCUUCCACGGUAGCAAUCUAGACCUAAGCCUCGGCAUCUCCUUGUCUCCCGGAGGUAACUGCAGCGCCGCCAGCUGCGGUGGCGCCGCCAUGGCAAGCUACAACGGUCGUCAAGGUGGGGGCAAUGUCGGUCGAGUGCAGAGCAGUGACAUGGUCAUCGCUAGUACCGCCACUGCGAACACGCUUAGCGCAGGGCGUGGUGGUAAUUGCCAUGGCAUUGUGCCUAGCAGCAGCUGGGCGGCGGUGUUCAUGCCAAGCCCGACCGGCUUCAUGCACCCCUGGAGCCUCGCCGCCCGGCAGCAGAAGGCGGCCGCGGAGCAGGACCGGAACAUUGCGCCAGCGUCGGUGGCAACAACAUAUGUGACAAGCGAUGCUAGUGUGGUCUCAGUGCCUUCGGCGGCUGUGGGCUGGCCGCCGGUGCACACCUCCCGGCGCCACCUCGUCACCGCCACGCAUGUGCCAAAACCCGACGCCGGCGUGAAGCAGCCCGACGGCCCAAAGAACACGAAGAUACCCACCGCGGCCUCGCCCGCCGAACCGCAGCGGCUGCAGGCAAACAUGUUCGCCAAGGUGCACAUGGAUGGCUGCCUGAUCGUCAGGAAGAUCAACCUGAGAGCUCACCGCAGCUACGACUCCCUCUCGCGGGCGCUCACCAGGAUGACAAGAAACUUCUUCUGCCGUGACCUUAAUUUUUCUUGUCUACUUCAUCAUGGGCCCCCCUCCGGCCUGGGCCCUGGGCCCUGGGCCGUCGCCCCCCGGCCAUACCUCCAGGCUGCAGAUUAUCGGAGUUCGGAUUCUGGGGAAGGCGAUUGUGCAAAUAGUGACGACUUCAUAUUUCUAUAUGAAGACUUUGAAGGCGACCGGAUGCUUGUUGGAGAUGUCCCAUGGGAGUUGUUUCUUGCGACGGCCAAAAAAUUAUGCAUUUCUCGUCAUCCAACAUCAAGAGAUACCAAAGGUCAUGACGAAGCAGCAAAAUUAGACGCAAGUGUGAAGAUAGCUACAAAUAACUGA